GGGGAAAUUCCCCUAAAAUAUCGCUUAUUUUCAUAGAAAUCCCUGUUUUUCCCCUAAAAUAUCGCUAAAAUGUCACCGUCACCCAUGGGUGCCCCCAAACCCCAAUGAUGUCACCUUUAGGUGUCCCCAACCCCCUGAGGUGUCACCGUCACCUAUGGGUGCCCCCAGCACCCAACGCCGUCACCCAUGGGUGCCCCCAACACCCAUUGCUGUCACCUCUAGGUGUCCCCAACACCCUCAGGUGUCACCGUCACCCAUGGGUGCCCCCAAAACCCAUUGCUGUCACCUUUAGGUGCCCCCAACCCCCUGAGGUGUCACCUUUAGGUGUCCCCAACAUCGUUACCCAUGGGUGCCCCCAACACCCAUUGCUGUCACCUUUAGGUGUCUCCAACCCCCUGAGGUGUCACCCAUGGGUGUCCCCAACACCGUCACCCAUGGGUGUCCCCAACACCCUCAGGUGUCACCAUCACCCAUGGGUGCCCCCAACACCCAUUGCUGUCACCCAUGGGUGCCCCCAAGUCCGUCGCCCAUGGGUGUCCCCAACCCCCUGAGGUGUCACCGUCACCCAUGGGUGCCCCCAACACCCAAUGCCGUCACCCAUGGGUGCCCCGCGCGGUUCGGACAAUAAAGUUGCAGGUGGAAUUGUUGAGCUGCUCCUUGGUUUUUAUUGGGGCUCAUUUUUGGGGGUGAAACCAGGGUGGUUUGGGGUCAAAAUGGGGCUUUUUUGGGGGGGGUUCCUGGGGGGGGUUGGGGGGUUGGGUUCCCAGGGCCAAAGGUGGCGUUUUGGGUGGCAGCACCCAGUGCAGGUAGCAAAGGUGGGGGUCCAGAGUCAACAUUGGGUGCCAUCAUCAACUAUGGGUGCCAUCAUCUCCCAUGGGUGCCACCAUCUUCCAUGGGUGCCAAAAUCUGGGCUCCCAAUGCCAAAAUCUGGGUCCUGGAUCCACUCUUGGGUGCCACCAUCUCCCAUGGGUGCCAAAAUCUGGGCCCUGGAUCCAUUCAUGGGUGCCACCAUCCUCAUUGGGUGCCAAAAUCUGGGCCUUGGAUGCAUUCUUGGGUGCCACCAUCCCCCAUGGGUGCCAAAAUCUGGGCUCCCAGUCCCAAAAUCUGGGUCCUGGAUCCACUCUUGGGUGCCACCAUCCCCCAUAGGUGCCAAAAUCGGAUCCUGGAUCCAUUCUUGGGUGCCAUCAUCAACCCUGGGUGCCAAAAUCUGGGUCCUGGAUCCACUCUUGGGUGCCACCAUCCCCCAUAGGUGCCAAAAUCGGGGUCCUGGAUCCAUUCUUGGGUGCCACCAUCCUCAUUGGGUGCCAAAAUCUGGGUCCUGGAUCCAUUCUUGGGUGCCAUCAUCCCCCAUGGGUGCCAAAAUCUGGGCUCCCAGUGCCAAAAUCGGGGUCCUGGAUCCAUUCUUGGGUGCCAUCAUCAACCCUGGGUGCCACCAUCAACCAUGGGUGCCAAAAUCUGGGUUCCCAGUGCCAAAAUCUGGGCCCUGGAUCCACUCUUGGGUGCCACCAUCAACCAUGGGUGCCAAAAUCUGGGCUCCCAGUGCCAAAAUCUGGGUCCUGGAUCCAUUCUUGGGUGCCACCAUCCCCCAUGGGUGCCAAAAUCUGGGUUCCCAGUGCCAAAAUCUGGGUCCUGGAUCCACUCUUGGGUGCCAUCAUCCCCCAUAGGUGCCAAAAUCUGGGUCCUGGAUCCAUUCUUGGGUGCCACCAUCCCCCAUGGGUGCCAACAUCUGGGUCCUGGAUCCAUUCCUGGGUGCCAUCAUCAACCAUGGGUGCCAAAAUCUGGGUUCCCAGUGCCAAAAUCUGGGUCCUGGAUCCAUUCUUGGGUGCCAUCAUCAACCCUGGGUGCCAGCAUCUCCCCCAUGGGUGCCAAAAUCUGGGUUCCCAGUGCCAAAAUCUGGGUCCUGGAUCCACUGUUGGGUGCCAUCAUCCCCCAUGGGUGCCAAAAUCUGGGUCCUGGAUCCAUUCUUGGGUGCCAUCAUCCCCCAUGGGUGCCAAAAUCUGGGUCCUGGAUCCAUUCUUGGGUGCCAUCAUCAACCAUGGGUGCCAAAAUCUGGGUUCCCAGUGCCAAAAUCUGGGUCCUGGAUCCAUUCUUGGGUGCCAUCAUCAACCCUGGGUGCCAGCAUCUCCCAUGGGUGCCAAAAUCUGGGCUCCCAGUGCCAAAAUCUGGGUCCUGGAUCCACUCUUGGGUGCCACCAUCCCCCAUAGAUGCCAAAAUCUGGGUCCUGGAUCCAUUCAUGGGUGCCACCAUCCUCAUUGGGUGCCAAAAUCUGGGUCCUGGAUCCAUUCUUGGGUGCCAUCAUCCCCCAUGGGUGCCAAAAUCUGGGCUCCCAGUGCCAAAAUCUGGGUCCUGGAUCCAUUCCUGGGUGCCAUCAUCCUCAUUCUUGGGUGCCAUCAUCCCCCAUGGGUGCCAAAAUCCGGGUCCUGCCCCCAUUCUCAGCUGCCCCCCCCCCCCCCCAAGCUCCCAGAUCCCAACCUCCUGCCCCCAUCCUUCCCCCCCCCCCCCCCCAAAGACCCCCACGCCAUCACCCCACCACCACCGCCGCCGCCAUCGCCGCCAUCGCCGCCACCAGGGCCGAAAGCCCUCGGAUGCCAUCGGUGCCAUCGGCGGCGCCGGCGGGGGGCAGCGGCUGAGCCCAAAUCUCCUCCCCUCUUCCUUCCUCCUCCGGGGUGCAGGGGCUGCCAUCGUCAUCAUCAUUGGGGACGGGGCCGAGGUUGGGGUGACGGAGAGGAGCGUCGGGGACCAGGGUUGA